AUGGAGCUCUCACGACAGGAGUAUCCGGCAUUGCUGGCCACCUUGCACCCCAGCGAAGCUACAACCGUCCUUGGCGAUCGCAUCCGGCUCAUCAAUAAGAUCAAUACCGAUAUCGCGGACUGGCUUCAGGAACGACGUCGUGUGGAGGAAGCCUAUGCCUUGAGCUUGCGGAAACUGGCGAAUCGUCCACAGAUAGAUGGAGCGUCACUGGGAAUCUUCCAAAUCCCCUGGCAGCGCAUCAUCAAUUCCACCGAAAAGCUCGCCGUGUCGCACGAGACCCUCGCAAGCAAGAUCGAGGAGGAUGUAGAGCGACCGCUCAGAGAGUACGGCACCAAGAAUCGAGAUAUGCAACAGAUGCCCAACAUCCAGAGCAACCUCACGGGGCUGGCCAAGAAUGUGGAGGCUGCUCAGAAGAAAGUUGAGAAGUCCAAGGAGAAAGGCCCCAAGGGCGCAGAUAAGCUAGCCUCCGCAGUCGCCGCGGUGGAGGAAGUCAGCCAACAGUGGGAUUCGAGGGCCCCGUUUGUGUUCGAGCAGCUCCAGGCGGCAGACGAGGGCCGACUCAAUCACCUUCGAGACGUUCUCACCCAGUACGAGACGCACGAAGUGGACCAGGUCGAGCGCGGCCGUCAGGCUGCCGAGAGCUGCCUGAACGUUCUUCUGAAUGUUGAGACGGCGGAUGAGAUCAAGACUUUUGCUGCCAAAAUGGCCGGUAACCGGGCUGUAACCUCUUCCGUCCCACCGAGAGACCAGCAACCCCAGCAGCCGGAAGAACCGCCUACCGUCACAACACCAGAGCCAGCACCAGUACCGGCAGCAACGCCUCGAACUGCAACCGCACCCGCCGCCGCUGCUGCAACAACCCCGGCUGCUGCACCGCUUGUGCCCCCUCCUCGCAUGCAGAGUGAUUCAGCCAGCCAGCGGUCCGAGAGAUCGGAACCCUCAAUGGCUACGCGAACGCCUCCAGCACCAGAGCCGGUGGCGCGACACACUCCGUUAGGAGGGUUGCGACGACUGGGCACGGUCAUGAACCGGCGAAAGAGCGUUAUUGGACCGUCAGCCGGAAGCUAUGAGAGGAAGCCCGAAAAGAAGCACCGGAGUCCGUUUUCCGCCUUCAAGAGAUCCGACUCUUCGCGAGAUGCGCAGAUCCAGCUACCCGAAUCUCCCCCUCUCUCCACUAUAGACCGUCCCGCAACUUCCUUGACCGAAGAGGAAUCGUUCCGGAACCCAAGUGUGUCGCAGGAUCGUGAUGCAUCAGAGACAAUUACGACAAUCCCAGCAGCCCAGCCAGCACAAACUACGACAAACGGUACGACUUCACCAGAAGAGCAGGCUGGACUGGUCCACGGUGAUGCGGCUAAGCCGCGGAUUGAUUCCGAAGGGUACACGGAGCGACCUUCGACAAUUGAUGAAGUCACUCGUGCACAGAGAGAAGCAGCAGGUUUGGAUGAAGCCGCCAUGAAUUUGACGAUUCGAGAUCAGCCAAUUUUCGAAGACGAAAGCCAGGCGAAACAAGCGAUGGAUGAAAUGGCGAAUACCCUUCGAAUGGGCAUCAGACGAAAUGCAGGCACCAUUCGCGGACGCCGCGAUGUUCGCAACACGAUAUUUGUUUCUAACCCCAGCAACGAAGCUCUUGCAACCCAAUCCAAAUCGGAGACUCAGGCGCCAACGUCGCCGAUCAAACACACCGCGACCCCGAGCACUGCGACGGAUGAUCACACCAUCUCAGACACCACCUCUGUUCGUUCUGGACACACGGUCCAUGCAGCUGCCCUUCACCCUGAUCUCCACGAGCCCGGUCUGAAUGCAUCCAUCAUUGAAACUAUUAAUGCAUGGUUCUCGGAGGGCGUUGUCACCAAGUCCUUUGUGGUUGGGGAGCUCGCCUUGGCACACAACGCCACCGCCGGUGUCCCAGCAGACAAGAUGCGGGUUCGUCUGGACAACUUCCAGGUGCUGGAAAAAGUUGCGGCGAACCCACACUUUGUCCAUGAAACCGCCAAGGAUGCUUCUGACGAUAAGCGAGGCGAGUACGAUAUCCAACUAAGCAGCAUCGGGCGCCCCAUGCCAACUGUGGCGUUCAAGUACCAGGUGCAUCUGGACGGACUCGAUUCCUCAACUUACUGCCCUGUCAUUUUCAAGCCCGUUUGGAAUCUGGAAGAAUACCAGGCCAGCGCCAUCAUCUUUUAUUCCCUGAACCCAACCUUCGUCUCCUCCCCCAACGAGUCCAUAAUCCUCAAGAACCUCGUUCUAACCGUCGGCCUUGACGUCGCUCCCGAAGACGAAUCUACCAAACAACUGCGCGACUCCGUCGCCCACGCCACCACUGCCAUGAUGUACCCUAACACUGGCGCAACGUUCCGCCGCAAAUACUCGACCGUCUCCUGGAGGCUCCCUGAACUGGAAGUCAAGCCCCCCAGCGCCGCUGAUGCAGACGGCAAGUUCCUCGUCCGCUUCUCGACCAGUACGAGCGGGCCGCGCAAGGGCAACGUUGAGGCCAAGUUCGAGCUUCGCUCUUCUGAUGCCAGCACCUCCCAUCUGGGCAUCAGCCGUGCUGUGUCGGACUCUACAGAGGUGGAUCCCUUCGCUGAUGCUGGAUCCAAAGACCCGCAACAGUCUUCUUCUACUGCGGUGGUUUCGUGGCAGGAUGUUCCGACCACUCGCAAAUUGGUCGCUGGGAAGUACGUCUCUUCUUGA